UACUAACAGGAAUGCCAUUUGAAUGAAGAACAAUUAUAGAAGUAAGGAAGUUCUUGAUUGGAAUUUACAGUGGAUCUGAAAUGGGAUCAAUCGCAGAUGACUAGAAGGUUAUCUGUUGUUUUCCGGAUCAAUGCAAUCAGGUAUGACGGCGGGUAAGGUCAGUUACUCAAAUGCUUUAGUAGUUAAGUUAGUUAAUGUGGCAAAAUUUGAUCUGUAUAUUUCCAAACAAUAUUUUGUAGGAAAAGUUGCAUGAUUUUCCAAUUAAUAGGUAAGUUGCACUUCAAUUUUGUUUGUUCAUUUUUUUUCUUUUGUUUUUUUAAUGAACAAUUGAAUUAUUUAUCCGUUCUCCCUCGGCUCAUUAAGUUAAACAUGCGUUAUAUUUGGUACUUCAGUUAUCUUUUUGAUAAACAGAACUAAUGAAUUAAUGAAGUUCAACCAUUAUUGUUGGAAUUGAACUAAAACUGCUGCAGCUAAUUACGGUACUCAUGCGGAGUAUGUUGUGUAAUAUUGAGUAUUCAAGUUCCAUUGACUAUGUUGAUCCCGUCCGAAUCAUUCCAAGCCAUAACUCCAGUUAAUGAUGGUUCAAUCUUUAAGAGCCAUUAGAGGUUUAUAAUAAACCAUUUAGCAGAAAAGGAUUCGUUAGUUAGCGUAAACAAAAAGAACUGUAGUAUAAGAUCAUCUGAUACUUCUAGUGGAUAAAAGGGUUGAUUGCAAUCUGAUACUAUACUCCACUUUAGAUGUUUAGUAUUAGUAGUGUUUGCAUCGUCAUCAUCAUCAUAACAAACUACUUAUUCUACUGCAUCUGAUCCAUUCAUAGUUGGCAACUUGGCAUACCAAACAGUGAGUAACCUAUCGAAAGGAACCAAUGCUUUGUCCAUCAUUCUACUUGUCCUUUAUAUCCUUCUCUAUUCCUCUACACCCUUUUUAAGUGACCGAAAAAGGGUUCCUCUGUAAUUGUUCAAUGAGUCGAAACUCCACCUGAGCACCAUAUUUUGUUAUUACUCUAUGCAAACAACUUUUAUGUUCCAUCUAAUAAAAGCAGUGAGAAAGAAACCAAUGUCCAGCUGUUGCCGAGAUGAGCUUUCUUAAGGCCUCUGCCCCCUACACUGGAAUGAUCACCAUUCAAUUAGUCUAUGGUGGUUCAAACAUUCUUAGCAAGAUAGCCUUGGAGCAUGGGAUGAGUUUUCUAGUGUUCGUCGUGUAUCGGCAUAUCAUUGCGACGGCCAUCUUAUCUCCUCUUGCGUAUUUCCUUGAAAGGAACGAGCGGCCUUCGCUCUCAAUCCCCAUACUUAUGAAAAUCUUCAUUCUCGCACUGUUUGGGAUUACAGUACAUCAAAAUGUCUACUACGCAGGGCUGGAUCACACAUCACCGAUGGUGGCGAGCGCCUUGAGCAAUGUCAUUCCGGCUCUCACUUUCCUUCUCGCAGUCCUCUUGAGGAUGGAGAAGGUGAGAAUAAGAAGUGCAACAGGAGGGGCCAAGUUGAUAGGCACCAUAUUUUGUAUUAGUGGGGCUUUAGUUUUUACAUUUUGGAAAGGGCCUUUAUUUAGGGGCUUUGUUAAGAGACCUCUAAUUGUUGUGCAUGACCAUGGAAAGGUGCAUGGUAAAGAGAAUUGGAUCCAAGGUUCUCUUCUUAUUCUAGCCAGCCAUAUUGCUUUUAGUGUCUGGCUCAUCCUUCAGGCGAAGGUGUACGAGGUCUAUCCCGCAAGAUUGUCAAUGAACGCCUUGAUUUGCUUCUGCGCAUCAUUUCAAUCGCUGCUGCUCGCCCUAAUCUUCGAGAAGAACACAUCAUCUUGGCAAUUGGGCUGGAACAUGCAGCUAGUAACCAUCAUCUACUGUGGGACAGUGAUAUCCUGCCUCUCAUACUACCUGCUAACAUAUUGUAUUAGUGAGAGGGGCCCUGUUUUUGCUGCCAUGUUCACUCCCCUGCUUCUUGUCAUUGUUGGAAUAUUCUCGGCCGCGUUCUUCGCCGAACGACUUCAUGUAGGCAGCUUGAUUGGGGCCUUCAUCAUAAUCGCGGGACUGUACUGCGUGUUAUGGGGUAAAAGUAGGGAGUGCGGCAAGAAUGGCGAUAAAAGGCGCGAUGUCGAGAGUACAACAGUCACAGCUGUUCUCCCAGUAUCAACAUCAAACAAUGAUACACAGCUUACACCACAAGAGGGGACAAUUUGAUUACUUUUUGUAUUGAAGGAUCAUAGACAAUCUAUAAGUUACAGUUUUUAGUUUCUAACAUAAUUUUGCAUUUAAAGAUGAACUUAAGCAGCUUGUUGAGAUUAAUUAAUGCCAUUCAUGUAGAAAUUAAUAAGAUGCUUUAUAGCAUACACUUCUAUUGUUGGUGGAGAGUAAUGGUUAAUAAUGAUUAGGUACCUUUUUUA